UAUGGUGAUUUUAGUUUCGUAUAAACCACGACGGCACGUCUUAGAUUUUCGUUAAGUGAUUUAAAAAGUGACAAAGUUUUUUCUGGGAAAAUAAUACAAAAUAUUUUUUUUGUUGAACAAUAAAUUACAAAUAGUGUAUGAAAAUUAUAUAAAAUUAAAAUGAUGUAUCAACGUCAAACCUCCUUUGAUAAGCCCACACGCAUUGAGGGCUCUUCUUAUAUAGCCGAAGGCAUUGAGAACCAAGAAGAUCGCAGCACAUGUUUGCUAUUCUCAACCAAAGAUCAAAAUUCCGGUUCAUUGGCAAACUCCUUGAAAAUCUUCACCAAGAACAAUGUAAAUCUCUUGCACAUUGAAUCACGUUCAUCGUUGCGUGUACCCGGCUAUGAAUUCUUUGUGGAAUGUGACACCAAGUCGGGAGAAUUGGGCAAGGCCAUUGAGGAAUUGCGUGAAUUUUGCUGUUACUUCAAUGUAAUCUCUCGUGAUUACAAAGACAAUGUGUCGGCAGUGCCUUGGUUCCCCAGAAGAAUACGUGAUUUGGAUCGUUUCGCCAAUCAAAUUUUAAGCUAUGGCUCGGAAUUGGAUUCAGAUCAUCCUGGUUUUACCGAUUCUACCUAUAGAGAAAGAAGAAAAUAUUUUGCUGAUAUUGCUUACAACUACAAACAUGGCCAACCCUUGCCUCAUGUGGAAUAUACCAAAGAGGAAACUGAAACAUGGGGCAUUAUGUUCAGACAUUUAACCAAAUUAUAUGAAACUCAUGCUUGCAAGGAAUACAAUCAUGUUUUCCCCUUGUUGGUUGAUAAUUGUGGCUUCCGCGAGGAUAACAUUCCUCAACUGGAAGAUGUUUCCAAUUUCUUGAAAGAUUGUACCGGUUUCACUUUGCGCCCUGUUGCCGGACUCUUGUCAUCUCGUGACUUUUUGGCCGGUUUAGCCUUCCGUGUCUUCCACUCCACCCAAUACAUUAGACAUCCCAGUAAACCUAUGUACACACCUGAGCCCGAUGUCUGCCACGAAUUAAUGGGUCAUGUGCCACUAUUCGCAGAUCCCGAUUUUGCUCAAUUCUGUCAAGAAAUUGGUUUGGCUUCCUUGGGUGCUCCCGAUGAUUAUAUUGAAAAAUUGGCUACCAUCUUUUGGUUUACCGUGGAGUUUGGUUUGUGCCGCCAAGAAGGUGAAUUGAAAGCUUAUGGUGCUGGUCUGCUCUCCUCCUUUGGUGAACUGCAAUAUUGUUUGAGUGAUAAACCCCAACACAAGGAUUUCGAUCCCGAGGUAACUGGAGUAACCAAAUAUCCCAUAACACAGUUCCAAGAAGUCUACUAUGUGGCUGAUAGUUUUGAAAGUGCCAAGGAAAAAACAAUUAAAUUUGCCAACUCCAUACCCCGUCCCUUUGGCGUACGCUACAAUGCCUACACCCAGAGCAUUGAAGUUUUGGACUCCAAACAUCAGCUUUCAAAUUUGAUGGAAAACAUCAAUUCUGAAUUCCAGAUUUUGCAAAAUGCUGUGCAAAAAUUAAAAAUCUAAUUAGAAUAAUCUUUAAUAAGUUCAUACUUACGCAUUUAUAUUACUUAGUUUAGAAAUUCAUUUUAAUUACUGAAUUUAUCUUUUAAUUUAAGUUAAUUUUGUUUAUAUUUUUUUUAAAAAAUCAAUAAAAAAAGUCUCCAUAAAA